UUGAAAAGUGAGAAUGGUUUUCUUAUGGCCGCGGGAACCUGUGUGAGACCAACUCUCAUUUACAGUUGAACCCUGAACCAGUCCACACACAUUCUUAAUAGAAGCAGGGGGGAGUGUAGUUGUGAAUAUGUUAGAGAAAGUUACUCUCCUAGUCCUUCUCUUAACCUGUCUUCAUUCAUUCAGUUUUGCAAUUCCCCAAGGCGAUGAAUGGUUAGCAGUGAUUAACAGCAACCAACCUCAACAGCCAACAGCAGAGCAGGAGGAAAAUCCGCAGAGGCAAGAUCAACAGAGACAGGAAGAGGAACAGAGAUAUAAUUAUCAACAGGAGGAUCGACGAAACGAACCAGGACAAAGAAGACAAGGAGAACAAGAAUUGGUUUACGAACAGGAGGAGGAGUACUAUCAACAGCAGCAGGAUGAAUAUGAUCAAUAUCAACGUCAACGUGAACAACAAAACUCAUACAGACCACCUCCCCCUGAUAAGAAAUACAAUCAACGCCUUCCUCCACCACAAAGACCCUUUCAAGCUCCAUACCCUCCAAGACCAGCUCCACCCCCUCCCAAGUCUAACGGAAUUGUUGAUGGAAUAGUUGGCGGAGUGAAGGGAUUUGUAGGAGAUGUAACAUGUGCCGCAACCUCGCUUUAUACUGAAGAUAAACUAGAAGAUCCGGAAUUUAUUCAAUAUCAAAUGAAUUGUAUUUUUAGAAAAGGAGAAUGCGAUGAGGUUGGAAAUCUUAUUAAACGCAUGGCACCGGAUAUUGUACGCGGCGGAUGUCCCCGGCCCUGUGAUCCCUGCAUCAAGAAACAAAUCCAGAAAGUAAUGGCAACCUUUAGCAGGAAAUAUCCAAAACAGUUUCAACAGAUUCUUACGCAGUUCGGUAACAGGCGGAGCUAGCUUGAUUCAGGGUUUAAUAAAUCUUUAAAGGGUUACUGUCAAGAAUAAAUCGUAUAAGCUUCCAAAUAUUCACAGAAAUCUAAAUAUAUUUUAAAAAGAUC